GCCCCCUGCACGUAAAUUUUUACAUUUACUGAGAAAGGCAGUUCAUACUUCAUAGCCUUCUCGUAACCCUUUAGGAGCCUGUGUGCAGUGGUUCUAUAUUUAUAUACAUAUAAAUGUGUAGUAGUAAAUAGCACUCAUCUUAGUCACCAUUGUAUUGUUUACCAACCGAACUUAUAGUAUAAUAUUAUAAACACAUCUAGAUAUACACAGUUAUACAUAUCAUAUAUACAAUUAGGUGUACUAGUCUUGGACGUUGGGCAUCAAUAAUAUGGGACGUGACAGAGAAAGGAGGCGAUCACGAAGUCGCAGCAGAAGCAAAGACCGUCGCAGCGGAAGGUCAGACGCCGACAAGAAACGGGGCCGAGAAAGAGAUUCUCAAAGUUCACGAAAUAGACGCUCAUCACCUGCUAAAAGGAGGCGGAGCAGAUCCAGAACAUUAUCACCAGACUCCUUACGGCGACAAGAAGAUAGCGUUUUACGGAAAAAACUGGUGGAGGCGCGGUUGAUCGAAGUAGAGACAAGGAAACGCAUAGAUGACAUCGUAAAUAAAAGGGUGGAAGAAGAAAUAGAGCGAAGAAAGGCUGACAUCGAGCUUGAGGUCAAUCGCCGUAUCGAGGCCAUGAGGAAAGAGAUGGAGAGCAAACUGUUGAAAGAAUUGGCCAUCGAGCGAGAAAAUAUGAAAAUCGCGGCUAAAAAGAAAGAGGAGGAAGAGCUGGAAAAGCAAGCCAGUCUGGAAGCAAUCAUUGAAGAGAACAACAAACGCCUGGAAAUGCUGAACAAGAAAAAAGAAGACGAGCAACGAUUGGAAGAAAUUGCUAAGAAACAAAAGCUCAGAGAGGCGGAACGCGCUGAGGCUAAAAGUGAGGAGGAAAAGAAACGCCAAGAACAAGCUAAGGUUCUGGGGGUUGGGGGUGCGCGCCCGAAAGUGUCGUUUGGCCUGAAGAUGGGCGGGUGCAGCACGAAUCCCUUCAGGUGACAAUACAUUGAUCCAUCUGAAGUCUAAGUUGACGCCGACUCUGCCAAUAAAAACUUGGUAGUACCAUUGUG